ACUUAUUGGUUGGUUGUUUUCUCAUUAGUCUAAUUUGAGAUCCCAUUUGUAUUGGCAUGGGUUGCUCUCAAGUUCUGUUUUGUCAUCUUCAUCAUUAAUCUUAUCCUUCUCUGGAUUCUGAAGCAGAUCAAAGAUGGAACUUUCAAUCCUUAAUUGCAUAGUAUGUCUCAUCGUCACUCCCAUAGUCAUCCAUUUGAUAGCAAGUAGAAAAAAACCCAAUCUUCCACCCGGACCCAGAUCCUUUCCGAUCAUCGGAAAUCUAUUAGAUAUUGGGGACAAACCCCACAAAUAUCUCGCCGACCUUGCCAAAAUCUACGGCCCAAUUGCGUCGUUAAAGCUCGGCCAAGUCAACGCCAUUGUCGUAUCAUCACCGGAGACAAUACGACAAGUCCUUGAAACCCACGACCACGUAUUAUCCACCAGAGCAAUCCCGGACGGCGCCAGAGUAUUGGACCACGACAAAUUGGGAACGUUAUGGGUCGCCCCAGUUUCGCCAAUUUGGAAAAACGUUAGAAAACUUUUCAAAAGCCAACUUUUUUCCCCAAAAAGUCUGGAGGCCAAUGAAAGUAUCCGGCAAGCGAAGAUUGAAGAUCUUUUGAGUAGCGUCCGGCAAAGGGCCGUGAAGGGCGAGGUUGUGGAUGUUGGAGCGGCGGCGUUUACAGCGGUGCUUAAUAUGAUGUCGUGUUCGAUUUGGUCGAUGGAUUUGGCAGAUACUAAUUCGGAAAUGGUGAAACAAUUUAAGUCAAGGUUUGGGGGAGUGAUGGAAGCAUUUGGGAAAACGAAUGUUAGUGAUUUUUUUCCGGUGGUUAAGAAAUUCGAUAUUCAAGGAGUAAGGCGGCGUAACAGCGUUCGUUUGAGAGAGAUGUUUGUUCUUAUCGAUGAGAUGAUUGAUGGACGGCUGAAAAUGCAGGAAUCGCUUGAUUUUACGCCCAAAUUUGAUGCGUUACAUCAUCUUCUAAAUUUGGAUGAGGAGAAGAACGGGGAGUUUCUUCUGGAUAGAAACCAAAUUCGACAUUUGAUUUUGGAUCUAUUUGUAGCGGGCACCGAUACAAGUGCAACAAUAAUUCAAUGGGCAAUGGCAUAUCUUUUACAAAACCCAAAAGUCAUGUCAAAAGCCAAAGAAGAGCUAAACCAAAUAAUAGGAAAAGGAAAUGCUAUUAUUGAAGAAUCACAAAUUGAGAAGCUUCCAUAUUUACAAGCAAUCAUCAAAGAAACACUGCGAUUGCAAUCUUCACUUCUUCUUCCUCGUAAAUCCCAAUCACAAGUCACCAUUUCUGGCUACACAAUCCCGAAAGGUACCCAAAUAAUUGUCAAUCUUUGGGCAUUAGGGAGAGACUCCAAUAUUUGGGAACAACCAAAUUGUUUCAUGCCAGAAAGAUUUCUUGGUAAUCUCAAUACCAAAGGUAGAGAUUUUGGGUUCAUUCCAUUUGGUAGUGGGAGGAGAAUUUGCCCCGGAAAACCCUUAGGAGUGAGGGUAGUGCACUUGAUUGUGGGUUCUUUGGUUCAUUGGUUUGAUUGGAAGCUUGAAGAUGGAGUUACACCAGAGAAUUUGAAUAUGGAUGACAAAUUUAGAUUGACUUUGGAGAUGGCUCAACCUUUGAGAGCUAUUCCUCUCAACCUUUGAGGGCUAUUCCUCUCGACCUUUGAGGGCUAUUCCUCUCUUUUAAUUCAAUAUUGAUCGAUACUAUAUGAGAUUGAAGAAUAACAAUGCAUAAUCAAUAUGAACUUACUUACCUUGUAGUGUGGAUCCAAAAAUCAAUUUAUAAUAUUUGAGUUAUAUUGCUUCCUCA